AUGGCGAUUGUUUUUUUCCUGCUCGGUGAUGCGAACGGGUCUCGACGUCGUCGUCGAAUUCAUCGGACGACGACGACGACGACGACGAGGACGACGAGGAUGGAAGAAGAGAAACAAAUAUCGGAGCUGGAGAAAAAACAGAAAAAACUCGUCGAGGAAAUGGAAACCGCGGUAAAGCGAAGGGUGGAAGAAGCGCUGAGAGAGAUUGAAGAAGAGAGCAAAAAGAAGAAGGAAACAAAGGAGGAGAAAGAGGACGUGGAGAUGGCGGAUUCGUCCCCAACUGCCUCUGCCGCGCGGCCGGCUCGUUCGGCGUCCACGAGGACGUCGCCGGUUGCUCCGGGGACGACGCCGAGCAAAACCACGAAGAGCGCGAACGGGACGGAGGACAUGUCCUGGGCGCAGACGAAGAGCGACGAGGGCGAGGAGGAAAUCACGUCGCCUUCGAACGAGUACACGCGCGUGGUCUCUAAAACGAAGAAGCAAGAAGAAGCGAGACGACGGAAGAUGGAGGAGGAAGAAGCGGAAAAACGACGACGAGAGGAAACGAAACGAGAACGAGAGGAGAAGAAGACGAGAGAAGAGAAGGCGAGGGUGCAAAAUAGAAUGGAAGAAUUGAAGCGAGAGAACGAACGAUCAGAAGAGCAAAACCUUCUGCGCGAACGAUGGCGAGAAGAGGCUAUGAAGCAUUUACGCGAGUCUGGAGCGUAUGAGCACGCGGAAAAGAAUGAUUUACACGCCUUUCUGACGCUGACGAUGAAAGAGGAGAUUGGUAUCGAUCGCGCAUCCAUCGAGACGUGGUACAAAAGAGCGCAAAGAAAGUUCCACCCGGAUAAGUCGCAAAACAUGACGGAAGAGGAGAAAGUUCUCAACGAGGAAAUAUUUAAAACCUUGGUUCUCUUGCUCAAGAGAUGGACGGAAAAUGGUAAACCGCUCGGAAGAAAGCAACCGCCGCGGAGAAGGCCGGAAACACCCCCCGAGGCGAAAUUUUCCAAACAAGAACAAGACGACUUUAAAAGCACCGAGAGGACGUGGAAUCGAGCUCACGCGAAGAGUGGCACGCGCCGCAGGUCGUCGCCGUCGGAGAAGAAGAACAACGGGGGAUCAUCCACGAGCAACAACGACUCUUCGCGAAGCAACGGAUUUCACUUUUCUUCGAACCCGUUCUCGAACGCUCAGCCGCCGCGGCAGCAAAAACAACAUCAGCAACAACAACAACAACAACAACAACAAGCAGGUCUGAAGAAACCGUUUAGCACGGGACCAAAGAAGAGCAAAACCGAUAGCCAGCCGUCGUCGCCGUCGACGCGAUUGUAG